AUGGUGCAAACUGCACGAUGGGCGGGCACGCCCUCUAUCAAGGGCAAGUCGGAGUCGACGCGCAUGGCGCUGUUGACGUUCAGCUUGGUGGGACUACAGUUUACCUGGGGCACAGAGAUGACCUAUUGUACGCCGUAUCUGCUUCAACUCGGUUUGACGAAAUCCAAGGUUUCGUUGGUUUGGAUUGCGGGUCCUUUGUCGGGAUUGAUUAUCCAGCCUUUGAUUGGUGUUAUUGCUGAUCGGUCACGGUCGAAAUGGGGACGGCGCCGGCCAUUUAUGAUCUUCGGCUCAAUUGUUGUGGCCUUCUGUUUGAUCGUGCUGGGCUGGACUGCUGAGAUAGUAGCCAUGUUUGUUACGGAACCGGAAAAGGCAAAGAACGUCACUAUUGCUUUGGCAGUCUCCAGUAUCUACGCUGUGGACUUCUCUAUUAACGUUGUUCAAGCAUGUUGUCGCAGUCUAAUCGUGGACACCUUGCCGAUUCCUUUACAGCAAGCCGGUUCUGCUUGGGCUGGAAGAAUGUGUGCUAUUGGACAACUCAUUGCCUACGUGGUCGGUGCAGUUGACACGGUCAGCAUCUUUGGCAGCCUACUUGGCGACACCCAAUUUAAGCAGAUGACGGUGAUCGCGGCCAUCUCUUUGAUCUUGGCUGUCUCAGUUACUUCAUAUUCGGUAAAAGAGCGCGUGUUGAUCUCGGCAAGAGAUUCGGACGGAAAAGCAGGCGCCAUUCAGGUCAUCACUCAGCUUUUCAAAACAACCAUGGAGCUUCCGCCGCGCAUCCAGGCUAUUUGUUGGGCUCAGUUCUGGGCAUGGAUUGGGUGGUUCCCUUUCCUUUUCUAUAGCACCACCUGGGUCGGUGAGACUUACUUCCGCUAUGAAGUCCCGAAAGACGAAUUAGCGAAAUCAACCGAUAUGCUGGGAGAGGUAGGCCGUGUUGGUAGUCUGUCACUCACAGUAUUCUCCUCGAUCACCUUCUUGAGCUCUGUGUUGCUCCCAUUCUGCGUGCAACAGCCCGAUACGAAGCGGUCGCGUUUCACGCCCAGACCGCCCCCAGGUGUUGCGAGGUUUCUGAAGAAAAUCACCGGCGUUCGCCCAGAUCUUCAGACGGCCUGGUUUAUCUCCCAGAUUAUGUUUGCCGUCACGAUGAUAUUCGCACCGUUAGCCCACUCGCGCGCGUUUGCCACUUUCUUAGUCGCGAUUUGUGGAGUUCCCUGGGCCAUCAGUGGCUGGGCACCGUUCGCCUUUAUGGGCGUGGAGAUCAACAAGUUGACGAUGAACGGCAACAAUGCUGCCGGAUUGGCAGCCCAAACUGCACGAGCUGGGGGUGUGACGAUGAUUACCUCCGCCAGCAUGCGGGCCAGCGCACAGGACACCGAGCUGGAGGUACUUCGAUUGAAUCACAACGACUCGGACAGCGACGCGGACGAAGAAGACCCUUCUUCUAACAUCCCAUCAACAGGCGAGCUCGCAGGUAUCUAUCUCGGCGUGUUGAAUGUCUACACCACUCUCCCACAGUUUGUAGGCACAUUUAUCAGUUGGAUUGUCUUCACGCUUCUCGAGCCAGGUACCACGCCCGACAAAGACGGCGAAGCAUCAGACACCCAAUGGAUGAACCUGGACAAGGACAAACCUAACGCCAUUUCGAUUUGUCUCUUCAUCGGAGCUAUCAGCGCCCUUGUCGCAGCUGAGGCAACCAGACGAGUGAGAUACGUGCCGUGA